CUUGCCCAGGGCAAGGCUGCUCCACACUGUGACCUCUCCUCGGGGGCCAGGCGAGCAGUGGGGUGCCAGGGUCCCCUCCUGCCUGUCAAGGCAUGGAAUUGUUGGGGUAGGGGUGCUUGGGUGGGGGUGGGUCCACCUGGAGCAGCCAGACCUGCAGCUGGUGUUCCCCCCUCGUGUGUACCCUCUGGGGGUGCUGCCCGACCUGCACUGACCCCGCUUUUGGCAUCUCCCCCCCGCAGCCGCCUCAGCUCUGGCAAACUGCAGGACCUGGGAGUCGUGGAAGGCAGCAAGCUGACACUGGUGCCCACCGUGGAGGCCGGCUUGAUGUCCCAGGCGUCCAGGCCAGAACAGUCGGUGAUGCAAGCUCUGGAAAGCUUAACUGAAACUCAGGUCAACGACUUCUUGUCGGGCCGGUCCCCGCUGACCCUGGCCCUGCGCGUGGGUGACCACAUGAUGUUCGUGCAGCUGCAGCUGGCGGCUCAGCAGAGCACGGGGCAGCUCCAGCACCGGCACCUCAUCGCCAGCCGCGGCGAGGCGGGGGCCAGCGCCAGCCCCCACUGCCGGACGCUGCACGGCGCCGGCGGCUCCAGCUUCGCCCGCAUCCCCGUGGUGCCAACGUGCCAGCAGAGCCCGGCCCCCAGCCCCGCGCCCGCCGCGCCGGCCCCUCCCGUGUACUGUAACGCCCCUCACGCCGCUCCCGUCACCGCCGGCAUGUUCCGGUCGCACGGGGCCAGCACGCAGACGGUGAACAGCAGCGUGGUGUCCUCCUGCUCYGAGGUGGACUGUGGCUCCCGCAGCAGCAGCUCCCCGGGCAGCAGUCCGGCCCCCUCGGCCCGAUCCCGCAAACCCGGGGCGGUCAUCGAGAGCUUCGUCAACCACGCGCCUGGGGUCUUCUCAGGGACCUUCUCCGGCACUUUGCACCCCAACUGCCAGGACAGCAGCGGGCGGCCGCGGCGGGACAUCGGCACCAUCCUGCAGAUCCUCAACGACCUCCUCAGCGCCACGCGACACUACCAGGGCAUGCCCCAGUCCCUGACGCAGCUCCGCUGCCAGACGCAGUUCUCCUCUUCCUCCUCAUCUUCCUCCUCCUCCUCCUCCUCGCCGCCUGCCUCCCCGGACCUCGCCACCAAAACUACCUCAGAGCCGCUGCCGGCGGCCACCGCCCCCACCCUGCACCCCGUUGUCCAGUGCCAAAGCCAGAUCCGGAUGUGCAAGCCCAGUGGGGACCGGCUGCGGCAGACGGAGAACCGGGCGACUCGCUGCAAGGUGGAGAGGCUGCAGCUGCUGCUGCAGCAGAAGCGGCUGCGGCGGAAGGCGCGCAGGGACGCCAGGGCUCCGUACCACUGGGUGCCCAACCGCAAGGCCGGGCGCACCAACAGCAACAGCAGCGUCUCCAGCGAGGGCAGCCUGGACCUGGACUUCGAGGACUCGGUCUGGAAGCCGGAGGUCAAGGCCGAGAUGAAAUCCGAGUUUGUCGUAGCAUAGAGAGCCGGGGCCCCCGGGGGGACUGUGCCGGGGGGUCCCGCUGGAUGUCCCCGCUGCGGGGGGACAGCGCCGGUGCCGCGGGCCGGGGCUCCUCCAGGUUUGCCGUCUCCUGCGACCGGACGCGUGUCAGGGGGAGCCCCCCACCCCCCUGCUCGGUUGGGUUUGGGGAGAUGGGAGGGGAGCAGCAGGAGCCGCCCCCUCCCUGCAGCCUCCCGGCACCCAGGGGGGGACCUGGGGCGUAUCGAAGCUGCUGCUUUGCUGUGAAGAGGGGGGCAGCGGGGUGGGCUCCGGCCUUACCUCGUGCCAUCCCCCCCUCCCCGGUGCAGGCAGGAGGAGAUGAAGUCUCUCUCGGAGGUGCUGGAGCCCCCCCCGAUUUGGGGGCCGUUUGUUUUCCUUCCCUUCUAUAUGUAGCAUUGCUCAGCUGCGGGGCUGGGCCCCCUCGGGCGGCCGGGGGGACACGUGUGCCUGGG